CAUUUUCUGUUUCUCUUUUUUCUGCUGUGUACAUUUUAUUCAUUAAAACGCUUGCUUUAAUCCACUGCAGAGUGACAUUUUAUAGCGAAGUCAUUUUGUUGUUUUCCAGUCAUGUCCAGCAGCAGAUACCCGAUAGUGGUGCAGGGGGAGGCAUCGGAAACAGACUCUGAUGAUGAAGUCUACAUCACUUCUCUGACUUCUCACCAAACUACCGCAGGAGGAGCAAAGGUUCCAGGUGAAGCCUCUGAGACGGACAGUGAGGAUGAUCAGCAGCAGACGGUUAGAGCCUCCAUCAUGGCUCAGGAGAGCGCUCAGGUACUCAGGAGAGAGCUGCCUCCGCUCAUUGUGGUCAGAGACAACCCUGAUGUUCAGUCCAUAGUGGAAGACAGGCCGAGCCCUUCACACAAGCCCCAUGUAGGUGACACCCUUCUACAACAGAAGCUGCAGGAGUCCAACAGCAGACUCUAUAACGAUGUUGGGCAGAUGGUCCGGCAGGUUUACAGCAGUGCCAGUAAGGAGGUCCACAGUGUAACAUCUCAGCUGAAUACAUCGCAGAGCGCCAUCAUCAAUGCCUCCCACAGCAUCAGGCUAAUCCUGGACGAUCUGAAGGCUGUUUCUGAGAAAAUCGACAUCAUCACCAGCUGUCAAAUAUUACCUGAUAUUAACGUAAAAAAUCCUGAUCAUUUAACUUCCCUAGCAACCUAAUUGAUAAGUUAAAACUGACUGAAGUAGUUAACAGUAUCAUAUGUAUGCAUUUAUUAAUUUUAAACGGCAUACUGAAUUAUUGAAAUGGAAGCAAAUUUUCCCUAUGCAUAGAAAUAAAAUAUAUAUUCAAAAGUGGCCACAUAUUCUAUGACACUGUGAUGGUGUUUCUUUUUUUUUUUUAUUUAAUUGUAACUAACAAAACAAUUAUAUUGCAGGGAUUUUUUCCCUCUUUUGUUUAACAAUGCACUGGGAUAAAUGCUUUAUGUGUUGUAUUUAAAUUAUACCAUUUGUUUAUAUGUAUCAUAAGUUUAAUGUGUAAA